CCAACUUACUUUUACUUUACAUAGAAUAUAUUGUAUGUAUUUAUUUUAUUAAAAGAACAAAAGAGCAAAAGAUCUGAAAACUUCAUCUAGCUUUUCGGAGUAGCUCAUUCGUGAACUAUACAGGACAGUAUUAGAUAUUUGCAAUGUCUUGUUCUCUUGAGUAAUAUAUUCAAAGAAUAUACUACUCAAUUAUCUUUGGUCUUGUUUCUAAACGAUCUAAAUUUUGUUUUUCAUGAUUAUUAAAGUUGCAGAAUAAUUAUAUAAUCAAUCAAUUUUGAAUUUGUUUUCUGUAUAUACAUUUAUUUCAUUUUAGCAGUUUCACAAACUGCUGCUGCUUGUGCUUGAAGGUUUUCAAGUACCUUUCAAAACUGUAAGUAAGAAUAUAAUGGCUGGUCAUGAUGAUAAUAUCACAAAAGAAGAAAACACUGAAAGUAUUAUGGAAAUAGAACCAACGGCCCAAGGACCAAAUACAGAUGAAAAUUUAAAUGAAGAGUAUUAUAUGCUGGACUCUAAACUAGAUGAAUUAAAUUUGGCAUUGGACUUCUUGGAACAAAAAACUGAUGAUAUUAAUGAGAAAUUAAAAGAACUUUUACAAUCUAAUAUUGAAAUCAGAAAUGAAUUAAGAAAUGAAAAUAAUUCAAAUGAAUCACAGUAAAUAACUAUUAUCAGAACACAACACAUAAAAAACAUUAUCAAACAUGCCAGACUAAAGAUGUUCUGGAAAUGACAUAUAAACUAUUAUUUAUUUAAAAUAAAAUAGACAUACCAGUAUUAGUAUUAUAUACAAUUAUUAACUGUUACUAAUAGCUAAAUAAAAUAAAACGACAUCAAUAAAUAAUAUUGAAGAUUGAAG